AUGGUGGAUGCUAGCGAGAACGGUACGGCUGCCGUUUGCUACCUUCGUUUUGUCUACGAAGGAUCCGCUUUCUGCUCCAUAGUCGCAGCCAAAUCUCGAGUUGCUCCGCUCAAGUUUACGUCGAUACCACGACUGGAACUCGAAGCCGCUUUACUUGGCGCCCGACUGUCGCAUACCGUCCAAAAGGCGCUAAGCUUCAAGAUCCAUCGGAAGCUGUACUGGUCAGAUUCCAGAGAUGUUCUCUGCUGGAUCAACUCGGACCACCGGCGUUACAGUCAGUAUGUAGACCAUAGGAUUAGUGAAAUACUGGAAACAUCCGAAAUGAACGAAUGGCGAAGGGUUCCGGGCAAGCAAAAUCCUGCCGACGAUGCCACGAAGUGGAAUACUCUACCAGAACUGACAUCUAAAGAUAGGUGGUUCAAAGGUGCAGAUUUUCUCUGGCGCCCUGAAGAGGACUGGCCGAAGUCGACUAACCGCAAGGAUACGACCGAUAACGAAUUACGUCCGUCGCUUCUAGCACACCAUGCUUCUUCGGAGCCAGUACUCCGACUCGACGACUUCUCGUCAUGGGAGAGACUACGCAGAACAGUCGCAUUCGUUCACCGAUUUGUCGACAACUGUCGCCAAAGACAUCGAGGAAUGGCGACGGCUACAGGUCCCCUAGCGACGAAGGAGCUGCUGACAGCGGAGCAUUCCCUGAUUCGACUUUGUCAACGGGAAUCCUACCCUGACGAGAUAGCAACGCUGCAAAAUCCAAAGAGAACUACGGGUGUACCGAAAUCCAGCUCCCUAUACCAGCUGACACCCUGGCUGGACGAUAACGGCAUUAUGCGCAUGCGAACCCGUAUAGCUGCAUGUCACUACGCCACAGAUGAUUCCAAGAAACCAAUCAUCCUUCCACAAAAACACCAAACCACCCGUCUGAUCGUUGCACAUUACCACUGCAAAUAUCAUCACCACAACCACGAAACGGUGAUAAAUGAAAUUCGACAAAAAUUUCGCAUUCCCCGCUUGCGUGUGUGCUACCAACAAGUGCGCAAGAACUGCCAGCAAUGCAAGAACCAGCACGCAGUUCCAAAUCCACCGUUCAUGGCCGAUCUUCCACCCGCUCGCCUUGCAGCGUUUUCACGACCGUUCACGCACGUCGGAGUCGACUACUUCGGUCCGAUAGAGGUCAGCGUCGGCAGAAGAGUAGAAAAGCGGUGGGUCAUGCUCGCCACCUGUUUGACCAUCCGAGCGAUCCACUUGGAGGUCGUGCACUCCCUCAACACGAGUUCCUGCGUCAUGGCCCUUCGCAACUUCAUAGCACGUCGUGGCACCCCUCAGAAAGUCUACAGUGAUCGUGGAACGAACUUUGUGGGCGCGGAUCGCGAGUUACGGCGACUAAACAAAGAGAUCAUCCAGGACGAUUUCAUGAGAGAACUAGGGAAUUCUGGAUUCGAGUGGAUCUUCAACCCGCCUCUUGCCCCACACAUGGGUGGAAGUUGGGAGCGGCUGAUUCGUACCGUGAAGAACAACCUGAUGCUGGUGUGCUCGACGAAAAGACCCUCCGACGAAAUUCUCCGAAAUGUGCUGACCGAAGUUGAGAAUAUUGUAAACUCAGGACCUUUAUCCCAUGUUCCGAUAGAUGACGAUUCGGCUCCAGCACUAACACCGAACCAUUUUUUGCUUGGCUCGUCCGGUGGGUUGAAGCCGUUGAGCAACCUCGACGACAGCGGUGCAGCCUUAAAGCAGAACUGGCUAACGUCCCAAGUUUUAGCAAAUCAGUACUGGAAACGUUGGGUAUCGGACUACCUUCCAGAGAUCACCCGCAGGUCCAAGUGGUUUCAACAGGUGAAACCAAUUACUGUCGGUGAUAUAGUCGUCAUUGCUGAUCCAAAGAUGCCCCGUAACUAUUGGCCGAAGGGAAAAAUCAUCGGCACAAGAGUCAGCGCAGAUGGCCAGGUCCGAUCGGCGACUGUCAGAACAUCUAGUGGUGUCUACGAUCGCCCGGCGACGAAGUUGGCGAUUCUGGACGUUCGGUGCGGCGGAUAG